AUGCAGACAAAGGUUAGGUAUCCUCCCAUUCUGAACGUUGGAUAUUUUAAAGCUGUUGGUUCUUGUCAUGGCAUUAUCUGUGUUCUAAUUCAGCAUUACGUGGUUUUUUGGAACCCUUCCUUUGGAAAAUUUAAGAUAUCACGCAUUUUAUUAGACUUUGUUCGAAAUUAUGGAUUUGGUUAUGAUCAUUUAAGUGAUAACUAUAAGGUGGUUGCUGCUUAUUUCUAUGACGGUGAGAGUGAUAGUACUGAUAGUGAUGAUGAUGAGGAGGAAGAGGAGGAGGAGGUUUUCAAGAAAACUAAAGUGGUGGUUCAUACUCUAGGUACCAAUUGUUGGAGAAGGAUUAAAAUGUUUCCUUGUGCUUCUGGUGUUCCUGUUGGUGAAUCUUCGGGGACAUUCGUAAGCGGCGCUAUUAAUUGGGUUACGUCUAAGGAUGGAAGCGAAUUUAAUUCUUUGUUUUUUGUUGUUUCACUUAAUUUGGCUAAUGAGUCUUAUCAAGAGAUUUUUCAACCUGAUUAUGGAGACCUAAAUGUGGUGUGCUUGACAUUAGGAGUGUUGAGGGAUUGCUUGUGCAUCUUUGCUCACGGUGAGUUGUUUAUAGAUGUUUGGAUUAUGAAGGAGUAUGGUAAAGAGGAAUCUUGGAGUAAAUUAUUCACUAUUCCUUUCGCCAAUGCUGAAGAUCUUGGUUUGUAUCCCUGUAACAAGGCAACAUACAUUUACGAAGAUGAACAAGUGCUGCUGGUGUCUAGAGCUAAAUAUAUAUCGAAACCGAAGUUGGUUGUUUAUGAUUCUAAAAGGGAUACUUUUAAACUUUUGAAUAUUAAAAACAUCGAAAAGAGGAUGGUUCCAACCGUCUAUGUUGAGAGUUUGAUAACAACUUGUUCUUGA